AAGGAAACCCAAAAGCCCGUGUAUGAUUGAGUCGCUUCAAGGCGGCUAGUAAUUCAAUGGCUAGGAACGAUUUUUCGUGUCGCGCGAGCGCAUCAAAACAGUCAUGAAUGACGCUUGAAAACAGCCUAAAUCAAGAAAAAUGGCAGAUAAUCGAAGGCCGUCCUCAGUGCCGUCAGAGGACUUCUACAAAACGCGUAUGGCCAACUCGGCGAACGCUUCGCGUAAGUCUUCGAUGCAAGCUGGUACUGAAGCGACGAAUAUCGUAUGUGCAAACCGAUCACUCUUUAUCUUCUCAAAGGACAAUAUCAUUCGAAAAGUUUGCCGCACGAUCGUCGAGAGCAAACCUUUUGAAUAUUUCAUUUUAUUGACCAUCUUUGUCAAUUGCAUCCUCCUCGCCGCUAACACUCCACUGCCGAAGGAAGACAAGUCCGAUCUUGACAGAAAACUAGAACAAGCCGAAAUAUAUUUAUUGGCAAUAUUUUGCCUAGAAGCUCUAUUAAAAGUUAUAGCUCUUGGGUUUAUAUUACACACUGACUCGUAUCUACGGAACGGAUGGAAUAUCUUGGAUUUUGUCGUCGUUGUAACAGGCCUUUUGAGCUUGCCACAACUAAGAGUCUUCGAAGCUGGAAUGCUGAAGGCCCUGAGAGCUGCCAGAGUGCUGCGGCCACUGAAACUUGUAUCAGGCAUUCCAAGCCUUCAAGUAGUUAUGAAGUCCAUCAUGUGUGCAAUGGCACCACUUCUGCAAAUUUGUUUACUCGUAGGAUUUGUAAUCGUAAUUUAUGCAAUCAUAGGAUUAGAAUUUCUUGUUGGAAAAUUUCACUAUGUGUGCCAUAAAAAUGUUUCAGGUGUCUGGCAGAUCGAUAAUGCUGAUGACCCACAAAUUUGUGAUGUAGAUGGCAAGGGAGUAAUUUGUCCUGAUUCUCAAAAGUGUCAAGAAUACUGGGAAGGACCAAAUAAUGGAAUCACGUCAUUUGACAACAUAUUUGCUGGAUGUCUAACAGUGUUUCAAGUAAUUACCAAUGAGGGUUGGACAGAUGUAAUGUAUUGGACAUUCUAUGCCUAUGAUAGACAUGGUUACGCAUUUUGGAUAUAUUAUUAUUCCCUUGUUAUAAUAGGAUCUUUUUUUAUGCUCAACUUGGUUCUUGGUGUUCUUAGCGGUGAAUUUGCUAAAGAGAGAGAAAGAGUUGAAAAUCGUAGGGCUUUUCUCAAAGUGCGUAGAACACAAAAGAUGGAGAGGCAUCUGCAUGGUUAUAUAGAUUGGAUUAGUAAAGCAGAGGAUCUAAUGUUAGAGGAAGAAGAGGAAGAAGAUGGAAAUGUAGACUUGUCAAGAAGAAGAAAUCUUGAUAGAGUGGAGGAUGGAGAUGUAGCAAUGACUUCUGUUGUGCUUACAGGACAGUCAGGAAGAAGGCACAGAUUGAACACAGGAAAAAAGAAAAGUUUAUGGCAGAGAUUUCUCAGGAAAAACAAACGGUGGAAAAUCCGUGUUAGACAAGUGGUUAAACAUCAGGCUUUCUACUGGACUGUACUUAUAUGUGUUUUCCUCAACACAGUAAUCACUGCAUUACAACAUUACGAUCAACCUAAGUGGCUUACAAAGUUUCAAGAUGUAGCAGAGAUUGUGUUCAUCACUUUCUUCUUCUUUGAGAUGAUGCUGAAGCUUUACGGUCUUGGUCCUCAGCUGUACUUCAAAUCUCAGUUCAACACAUUUGAUUGUGUGGUUGUGUGCUGUGGUAUUAUUGAACUAAUUAUUUCAAAAGCAGAAGGAACAAGCUUGGGUAUAUCUGUACUUCGACUCUUGAGGCUUUUAAGACUUUUUAAAUUUACCAGGUAUUGGUCCUCUUUGCGCAACUUGGUGACAUCCCUGUUAAGCAGUGUCCGAUCCAUCCUCAGUUUGCUGUUCCUUCUCUUCCUGUUCAUUGUAAUUUUUGCUUUACUGGGAAUGCAGAUCUUUGGUGCAGGCUUCAGGGAUCUUCCUGGAAGAGAUGCUAAUCCUAGAACGAAUUUUGACAAUUUCUGGAAUGCUGCAUUAGCUGUUUUUCAGAUCUUAACUGGGGAAGACUGGAAUGCCGUAAUGUAUGAUGGCGUCUUGUCACAAGGAUACCCUGAAAAACCUCUUGCUCUGGCUUCGGCGUUGUAUUUUGUUUUACUCGUUGUACUUGGAAAUUAUACUCUUCUUAAUGUAUUCUUGGCCAUCGCUGUGGACAACUUGGCAAAUGCUCAGCAACUGAGUCAGGACGAGGAAGCAGAAGAAACUGCAAGAGAAGAAAGGAAAAAAGAAAUAGUUGAUCAGUACCGAGAUUAUGGCUCUCCCGGGCCGAGCCCAGGACGCAAUGGAGAUGCGAGAAGGGGUUUUGAUGAAGCUGGACCUACUGAAGAUGAAUUCGAGUCAGAAGCUGAUGAUGGCCGACCAUCAUUUCUGAGCAAUCUUAGAAACCCUGGCAGAAUGGUUCCCCAACAAAAGCCAGGAGAUACUGUACCGAUCAUAAACACUUGGUCCUUAUUUCUCUUCCCACCUGGAAAUCCGGUACGGAAAGCAUGUCACUGGCUGGUGAAUUUAAGACAUUUUGACAACUUCAUCCUGGUCAUCAUCCUCAUCAGUAGCGUCUUAUUGGCUCUUGAAGAUCCAGUUUACGAGAAUUCCAAACGAAACCAGGUGCUGACGUAUUUUGACUAUGUAUUUACCACAAUAUUUGCAAUGGAGGUGAUUGUCAAGCUGAUUGACUACGGAGCAAUUCUUCAUCCUGGCUCGUACUUCAGAGAUGCCUGGAAUUGUAUCGAUGCCCUGGUAGUAUCCUGUGCCAUAGCAUCGCUUGUGAUGAGCAAUCAGGAUCAAUCCACUAUAAACCCACAGUCUAAGAAGACAGUGAAGGUUUUGCGAGUUCUCAGGGUUCUUCGGCCUCUCAAAGCGAUAAACAAAGCCAAGAAAUUGAAGGCCGUCUUCCAGUGUAUGGUGUACUCGCUGAAAAACGUUCUCAACAUUUUAAUCAUCACUUUAUUGUUUCUGUUCAUCUUCUCUGUUAUUGGAGUUCAGCUUUUUCAGGGAAAAUUUUUCACGUGUGAUGAUCCCUCGAAGAUGACUGAAGAGGAGUGCCAAGGAAAAUACUUAAGUUACCCCGAUUUGACAGACAUGUCCAACGUUGAGGUCAAAGAUCGAACAUGGGAGUUACAAGAUUACAAUUUUGACAAUGUAAUCAAUGCAAUGUUAGCGCUGUUUACGUCAUCUACAGGAGAGGGCUGGCCAGCACUCAUGCAGGCCUCUAUCGAUACAACAGAAGUCGAUCGUGGACCGAUCGUGGAUAACAAUGUUCAGAUUUUGCUCUUCUAUAUUUUCUUUGUGGUGGUUUUUUCGUUUUUCUUCUUAAACAUUUUCGUGGCUCUUAUCAUCCUCACUUUUCAAGAACAAGGCGAAAAGGAUCAGGGAGAAUGUGAACUGGACCGGAAUCAGAGAGACUGUCUUCAUUUCGCUAUUGUGGCCAAACCUUCCGAGAGAUUCAUGCCGGAAGAUCCUAACACGUGGCAGUACCGCAUAUGGACGAUCGUGGAUUCUAGACCGUUUGAGUAUUUUAUCAUGUUACUCAUUGCUCUCAAUACGCUCAUCCUAACUAUGAAGUUUCAUAAUGAGCCUCAAGAGUAUCGAUACGUUCUAAACACGUUCAACACAGUCUUUACCUUCAUGUUUACUGGAGAGGCUAUCUUGAAAUUGUUUGCCUUCCGAACGAAUUACUUCCGAGACAACUGGAACGUUUUUGACUUCAUCAUCGUCUUGGGCAGUUUGUUGGACUUUGCUCUGUCGCGAAUCCAGUCUGAUGAGAACCAGAUGCCUUUCGAUCCCAGUCUCUUCCGUCUCUUCAGGGCGGCUAGGUUGAUCAAGCUGUUAAGACAAGGUUACACAAUCAGAAUAUUGUUGUGGACCUUUCUUCAAUCAUUCAAGGCCUUACCUUACGUUGGCAUGCUUAUUGGUCUUCUGUUCUUCAUCUAUGCGGUCAUCGGCAUGCAGAUGUUUGGCCAAAUCAGCAUUGAGAAUGACGAUCGUGGUGGUAUGUGGGGAGAGAUUAACUCCAAUAAUAACUUCCAGUCAUUCCCAGCAGCCCUUCAAGUACUCUUCAGGUCCGCAACAGGUGAAAACUGGCACGUCAUCAUGAAGGCUUGUACAAGUGAUGCAGACUGUCAACUGACCGACAAGAAAUGUGGCAGCCCGUUCGCGUAUUUGUACUUCAUCUCCUUUAUUUUCUUUUGUUCUUUUCUGCUUUUGAAUCUCUUCGUGGCUGUCAUCAUGGACAAUUUCGAGUACUUGACACGUGAUGAAUCUAUUCUUGGUCCACACCACCUGGACGAGUUUGUCCGCGUGUGGUCUGAGUUCGACCCAGGAGCCACAGGCCGCAUCAAACACACAGAAGUAUGUCAGUUGUUACGACAAAUGUCUCCUCCAGUCGGAAUCGGGAAGAAGUGUCCUAAGAUAGUUGCUUACAAACGCCUGAUCAAAAUGAACAUGCCGCUGCAUUCUGACAACACGGUCACCUUUACUGCUACCCUGUUUUCCCUAGUGCGAACGUCCCUCAAAAUUAUGACAGAGAAAAAUAAUCUAAAGGAGAACGAUAAGGAAUUGCGAGCCAUGUUGAAACGUGUUUGGCCCAAACUUACUAAGAAGACACUGGACAGAGUGGUGCCCAAACCUCCAAGUCUCAUCAACAAUGCGAAUCAAGUGAACCAGCAGCCACAGAUGACAGUGGGUAAGAUCUACUGCGCCAAACUCAUAUACGAAAACUAUAAGUUCAUGAGACGGAAAGGACAAGCUCAAUCAAGGGAUUCUGACCAGGGAACUGUUCUCAGUCGAUUUGUCGGAGGACCAAUGUUCCAGAAAUUCCGACGAGAUAACGACCCCGAGCUAGGAGAGGGAGUUCCGAUGAACGACAUAGCUAUUAGCUUAGCUGAUGGACCAUAUCACUCGGGUUCGGCACAAGCUUUGUACCAUCCCAAUCAUCAGCCUAAUGAUAGCCCUUCCCGCCGUUACCGUCAAAACACUCCAAUUGCUCACCGAUCUACGACUUCGUUGAACGAAGGACGCGGUCCGGGUGUAACGACGGCUUUAGUCGGCCCCCACCGUCGACAAUUGCCUCAGACUCCCGGCUCUCGAAAUGGCUCGCAGCUCUCCUUGACUGGCAAGGCACCAGCGUUGCCAGAAAACCGGGGCGACAGUGUACUGGAAAAUGGCUAUCAUCCCAAUAUGAACCAGCACAUUGCCAUGGCGAUACGAAGUGGGCAAAGUCCUUAUGCAAUUUACGGUUUAGAAGAAAUAGGUGACGAAGACGACUGGUGCUAGCAGUUAAAAUCACGUGUGAACCACGUGCUAAUAAUUUGAAGGACAUAAACUACCUCCAUUAAUUUCUGUGGCUUGGAACAUUCACAUGCUGGUGUUUUGUGCUGGUCGCAUGAUUUUCACGUGAUCAUUUUGGUACUUCGAGCUUACUUUUGAAGUUUAAAACAUUCAACGUGGCUAGAAAUUUAUUCAGAGUAAAAAACAGAAGGAGAAGACACCUCCUUUCCGUCAGCCUUACUUCAGAGGGAAGGAAAAAUUAUUGGUGCCUUUUUAAUAACCAAGUUUUGUAAGCCUCACUGUGCCGAGAUGUAUCAGACUUCAGCCAAGAAGUGGAGGAAAAUAUACACUCUUUGUUGAAGCCAAUUUAAAAUAUAACAGGGAGAUAUGGAACUCCAGACAGAAUAAUUAAGUGUAGGUACUCCACUACACAAAAACCACGCAAAUUUGUUUGCUUUUGAUAACAAAUUUUGCAGCUUUUCUUGAAUUUUUUGUUGUUGUUUACCUAUUUAUUCGAUAAUGGUGACAGUUCAGAUGCAUUAAGGCGUAAUGAACAGGCCAAAGUAUAUCUUGAUUUGCAGAAAAAGCGAUAGAUUACUGAAUGUUAGCAUAACAAGUGAAGCCCGCUAAAAAAGAAGGCGUUUCCCUCGAUAUUUUCCGAUACAGUUAACACUCCCUUGAGUGUUAUCUAAUAUUUUCAGGUAGACAAGGGCUUUUAACCUGUUUAAACUUAUUCUCAACCGCUGAUGAGUUUGUUUUGAAACAGUUGCAAUUUGAGCCUCGGUCGUGUUAUUCUUGCGCACUUUGAAAGACGCCGUUGAACGCAUAAGGUGGUUUGUAAACGUGGCUACGCUGAGACCAAACUGAUUGACAACAGAAACAGUAAAAGGCUCCAAAGAAAAACAACGCAAGCUUUAUGGAGCACGGAUACACUCACAAAGUAACGCGACUCGCUGAUUGGUCAAAAGGAAGAAACUUGUUUACUCUGAUUGGUGGUCAGUCGGUGCCCAUCAGAGGGCUCAGAAUUCGAGACUUAGAAAACAGAGUCAGGUGACACGGUCAGCCAAAAAUUGGCUCAAUUUUGAAUUAGGAAUGUGUCUGUGAAGUUUGUAAGUGGUAGCGAUGUACAAAGAGAAACGAGAAUCGUUUUAGCGGCUGUUUUCCCGCACUUUAUUGGUACAUAUAAAUCGAAUGGAAUUUUCAACACUUGUUGAAAACAGAAUUGGAGGAUACAGGUCUUUUCGCGCUUUGAAGCACAAUUUUAGUUCAGGAAUAUCGCUACAGAAUCUUCCCACUAAUAGCGAAAGUUGUCAUUUACCUUUCUGAUGUAGCUAUAAAGUUAAAAAAUAACAAUAAUAAAUCAAAAAUGAAUUGAAAGUAACGAAUCAUCGCUUUUGGCAAAGUUUUCAGUACGCUAGCGAUUUGUUUCUUGCAUUGCUGUUGGCAUUUUUUGAGUUAGAGUUCUUUUUAUAAUGAGUUAUUCCACUUUUAGAGAAAUAAAUCACACAGAGCCGUGACGAAUAUUAAUUUUUUAACUGUUAUUGUCAUUAUUAUAAUUACCUUUGAUAGAAGAAAUUACUCGUCAUAAUAUAUUAAAAAUCAGUCAUAGAAGAUUCUUAUUCUGUACUCAGUGCAGUUUAUUUAUAAUAAUAUUAUUGUAAAAAUGACUUAUUUAUGGCUACAUUGCUUUUGAAGCACACACUUCAUAGUUUCAAAUAAUGUUCUUAUUGUACAUAAAGCAAAUAUGUAAUGAUUCUUUCAGACACGAGUAAAUUCAGAUUUGUUUUGGAGAAAGAAUAAAUUGCUACAU